GUGAGUGGGUACCAAUGCGCUGUCUUAAGCGACACGAUGGCCAAGCGAGGGCGGACUGAGGACCUGCUCAAAGAAUUCGAGAACUUGACCAUUCACAGCAGGACCUACACCAUGGCCACGACUCGGGCCACACCACCAAUGUGGGUACAGCUUAAGGAGCUUACUCAGGAGGCUAAAAAUGUGGUAACAUGCACGCAACAGCCACGCAACCCUGGUACUCUUUUUCUGGCAAUGCUCGCCAUUGUUUCUUGCCAGUCUACAGGCGAUGGUCCCAAAGAAGAGUGAAUAAAGAACAACAACACCAUAAAAUAACAGUGGUGCUGCAACAUGUCCGAACACAGCGUCCCGUGCCUUAAAACAAAAUAAAAAAGGGGGAGAUGUAGAGGACACCU